AUUCAUGCUGACGUUUUGUUGUUGUUUCAUCUUGCACACGUGUUAAAGGAAAUUAAAGACACGAACGGCUUUAUGUAUUUCUGUGUAUCCUCAAGAAACCAUUGGGAAAUGGCCAGAUUUCUUUAAUCCCCGUCUUUAUUAACAAGUAGAAAGGAUAUUGCUGUGGUUCUAUAAACUGCAAAGGUGCAGAAAUGACAAAAUCUAAAGAUUCUUUUGCCGUUAACUCUGGAGAUGAAAACACGAUUGAUCCUAAGGACGUUCCUUGGUGGACCUCCAGUCGUCUUGGUCUGGCUGUCCUGGGAUUUUUUGGGUUUGUCAAUGUCUAUGCAUUACGGUUUAACCUCAGCGUGGCCAUUGUGUGUAUGGUCAAUGCAACAGCCGUACGAUUGAAUUCCAAUGGAGAGAGUGACACUGCCAACAGCACAAAUUCUAUCCUAGCCAAUGAGCAUUUCACGAGUAGUUGUGGAUUGAUUUCAGCAGAUGCUAAUGCAACUCUAGGUAGAGAAUUCGAGGAUGGUGACAUUAUAUGGGAAAAGACAACCCAGGGACUUAUUCUCGGGUCCUUUUUCUGGGGUUACCUGGCAACACAGAUACCUGGGGGAUGGUUAGCCGUGAAGUUUGGAGGCAAAAGAGUCCUCGGCAUCAGCAUGGCUCUCUGUUCUCUCUGUACAUUUUUGACUCCUAUCGCAGCCCAGACUGGAUACGUAUUUCUGAUGAUAAUCCGAAUUAUAUUGGGCAUUGGUUCAGGAACAGUUUUUCCAGCCAUGCACACCAUGUGGGGAAAAUGGGCCCCACCCCUGGAGCGAAGCAAGCUUACUGCAUUUACAUAUGCAGGGGCUCAGGCAGGAAUAGUGGUGACAUUUCCUGUAGCUUCUCUGUUGUGUAAAUAUGGUUUUGCUGGUGGAUGGCCUUCCAUUUUCUACAUAUUGGGCAUUUUAAGUUCUGUUUGGGUUGUGCUAUGGAUGCUGCUCACCAGUGAUUCACCUGAACAACACCAAAGGAUUUCACAUGUAGAAAAGCUCUACAUUAGGCAGUCUCUUCAAAGCACCGCCUCCAAAGAGGAGCCAGGAAAAAAGCUGAACGUUCCAUGGAAGAGCAUAUUUACUUCAAUGCCAGUUUAUGCCAUCAUUGUGUCCAAUAUUGCUUGUGAUUGGGGAGGAUACACACUACUGACAAACAUUCCUACCUACAUGAAGGAAGUCCUUAAACUGGACAUCACCUCAAAUGGAUUCUACUCUGCAUUACCUUACAUUGGAUUUUGGGCCAUAAUUAACAUCGCCGGGGUGCUAGCAGACUUGGCACAGAAAUGUUUUUCCGCCACCUUCACCCGCAAAUUUUUCGACAUCACAGGUAAGGUGAUUCCAGGCCUCCUGCUAAUUGGUCUGGGUUACCUGGACUGUACAAUGAAAGGCCUGGCCAUUGCCCUUCUUGCCCUAGGUGUAAGCUUAUCUGGAUUUCAGUACAGUGGUUUCCUCAUCAACCACAUGGACAUUGCUCCAGCCUACGCAGGAAUCCUGUUUGGAAUUUCGAAUGCUGCAGGAGCAAUCACUGGCUUUAUAUCUCCAGCUGUGGUUGGACUAAUUACAGAGAAAGGCCAGAGUCAGGUCGAGUGGCAGGUUGUAUUCUAUACUGCGGCAGCUAUAUACCUGGCGAGUGCACUCUUUUACAUGAUCUUUGCUUCCGGAGAAGUCCAGAAAUGGGCCGUUGAAGAGAAGACUCUGGACGUAGAAGAAAUGAAUAUGCUAGAAGACAAAGCAGAGGCGAAAAAGAGCAAAGACCUUGAGAUUUAGAAAACAGCAAAAUUUCUGUUGCAUUUUACAAAGAUACAAUAUAGUAUCGGUAGAUGUAUAUGGGUUAUAUUUGCAUAAAUGAUAUUUCAGCAUUUUGAUGGAAUAUCAGCAUUUAUUUGGAAAAAGCCAAUUCAUUUAUUUCGGUGCCUUUUAAUUUGUCCAUCAUAAAUACAUGUAAUGGUAUGUGUAAAUACAGUCAUCUUUUUAUUAGAUAAAAUGCGGGUGUCCUGUAGAAUCACAUUUAAUUAAACUGCUAGCAGAUGUACCUGUAUUGAAAUGGGAAUAUUGGUACUUUUUGAACAAAUGGUCAGGGACUUUUCCAUGUACAUUCUUUGUAGAAUUCUCCUCCAGCAUAUGGCAUUGAAAUCUCAUUAAACAUUACCAAAUUUUUCUCAUAAGUAUAUAUAGCUAUUGCUCAAAGACAAAGUGUUAUUUCUUACAUAUGUUUAAUGUAAUGUGAGUCAAUAUUAUUCAACAGGUGCCAAAAUAUUGAAAACAAAAGUCAGGGCUUAUUAUUCCGUGCUUAUUCAUUUUUGUGACAUACAUGUACCUCAAAUGUCUCAUAAUCGGUCAAGGGUAUUGCCAUCAUUGUUCUAUAAGGUCCCAUGCAGAGAUCUCAAAUAGAUGUUUUUUGUGGAAAAGAUUAGAGUAAGAUGAAAGCAUUUCUGGUUUACAUGUAUAAAACAUUUAUCAUUUUGAAAUAUAGAAAUGAGAGUGUAUGGGUGUAUAGGGUUAAUUUCAUUGCAAGUUAAAUAUUUUCAUUGUGAAUUUCAUCUGAUAUGAAUAUACAUCAGAAUAUAAUGGAUGAAUAUACAUGUAAUUAUGUGUACCUAUAUAUCUACAAUUUUACAUAUAUUUGUGACUGCAGACAAAUUUUAUUACUGGUACAUAAAACAUGUAUUACUGAUAGUCUUUAAAGAACUUCAUUGAUGAAAUAGUAGUCCUUACUAUAUACAUGUAUUCUCCUUAAAUCUUAGUUGUGAGGGUUGAGUAGGUGUUAUGUAUAAUAUUUGACAACAUUUUAUGUAUACAGGUAUACCUUUGACUUUAAGAAUAAGAUAAGACAUGUCAUUUUACUGUUUUAAACACACUAAGUUAGCUUUACAUCUGUCUCAAAAGACAUUGCUCAGGUGAGUGAUUUUGCCCAUGAGCCUCUUUUUGUAAUGUUCUACUUUUUUUCCUUUUCUUGUGCCAUAUGAUGCAUCAAAUAGACUUAGAAAGACAUUUUACACUGUAUAAUAUUCUAUGAGAUUGAGCAUAAUAAAUUAGCAGGAAGUUUUUGACAAUAUUAUACAGGUACAUUGCAUUUGUAAUCAUGAGACUCUUUAGCAAAUACUGUAUACAGGGAAAUAUUUUCCUCCGUUUUAUUUUUGCUACUUUCUCCCUCCUUGUCUUUAGGCAAUUUAAGACUGGGCGAACUGCAUUGGCUCAAAUUAUUUCUUUUUAAACAUAACUUUGUCUGGUCGAAUUCAAGACGGGGCAAAAUUGUUUGCAAGUGAAGAAGGGAGAAUGAAACAUGG